GGGACAUAUCGGGCAUUUAAACCCAAAAACAAAACAACAAAAAAUCUUGCAUACCCUUCUCCCUCAUCUUCCUCCUCAGAUAGCAGUAACAUUAUUGGCCUCUGUUAAAUCCACUUAAAACCCUAAUCACACUCUCCGACCAAAUCUCCCCCCAAUUUUUUUGAAAAAUCAAUUCCUAUUUUCUCAUUUCCCAAACAAAAUCUCACAGAUUUUUUGCUUUUGAUUUUUUUUUGUUUCUUUCAAUCACACAAAUAUGCCGCCGAAGCAGCAGCAAUCCAAAUCGGACGUAGCGAAGAAGCAGAAAGUCGUGGAGGACAAGACCUUCGGGCUCAAGAACAAGAACAAGAGCAAGAAUGUCCAGAAAUACGUCCAAAAUCUCAAACAAUCGGUCCAGCCCAAACCCGAAGCCGCCAAAGCCGCCCUUAAGAAAAAGAAGGAGGAAGAGAAAGCUAAAGAGAAGGAAUUGAAUGAUUUGUUCAAAGUUGCUGUUAGUCAGCCCAAAGUUCCAGUUGGUGUUGAUCCAAAGUCUAUAUUAUGCGAAUUUUUCAAGGUGGGGCAGUGUGCCAAGGGUUUCAAAUGCAAGUUCUCUCAUGAUUUGAAUGUGCAGAGAAAGGGCGAGAAAAUCGAUAUUUACAGUGAUAAGCGUGAUGAAGACACUAUGGAGGAUUGGGAUCAAGAGACACUUGAGAAGGUGGUGGAGUCAAAGAAGAACGAGUAUAACCAGAAUAAACCAACUGAGAUUGUUUGCAAAUACUUUUUGGAUGCUGUGGAAAAGAAACAAUAUGGAUGGUUCUGGUCUUGCCCAAAUGGUGGCAAAGAAUGUCACUACAGACAUGCUCUACCUCCAGGAUAUAUUUUAAAAUCUCAAAUGAAGGCACUUUUGGAGGAAGAGAGUGAUAAGAUUCCCAUCGAGGAAGAGAUUGAGAAUCAGCGUGCAAAAGUGACAACCACUACUCCAAUGACUCCUGACCUGUUCUUCCAAUGGAAGAACAAAAAGACAGAGGAAAGAGAGGCUGGCUUAGCUGCACAGAGAGCAGACAGGGCUAAGAAUGACCGCAUGAGUGGUCGGGAGUUGUUUCUUGCGGAUGCUAGCUUGUUUGUGGAUGAUGCUGAGGCAUAUGAAAAAUACCAAAGAGAUGAACAACUUGUGGCUGCUGAAGAGAAGGUUAAAGAUGACUCAACAGCAGGGGAACCAAGCACCUCAACCAACACAGUUAAUGAUUCUGAAGAGGACCCUCUUGAUGAUGACGACGACGAUGAGCUGGACCUAGAUGAGUUGAAUGAGCUUGAAGCAAGUUUGUCAAAAACAUCAAUUCAAAUACGUGAGCCAGGUAUUGAAGCCUCAUCUUGAGAGGGAGAUCAUCAUUGGCAACUUGCCACCGUGGUUUUACCAAGGGAUUGUGAGAUUACGAAUCGGCUGUCUGAUUAACUGUUGUAUGGGAAAUAAACUAUUUUUAUAAAUAGGGAUAAUGCGUCAUAUGUGCACAUUUUAUUGCUUGGAAUGUGAGAUUCUGUGGUAUGGGUGGAAUCCAAAUUUUGGUUUAGUUUGCCCCAUU